AUGAAAGUGAAAUACACAAAUGUGCACCUUUUUACUAAAGUUUUUAUUUUUCCUUGUUUAAUAUGGACAUUAAAAUAUUUUUAUGAGAAAACCAUCUGCGAUAAAUCAUGGAACAAGGAAUUGAACAGAAAUAACGUAUUAAAUGUUAAAUUUAGAAGAUUAUUAAAUAUUGAAACAGUAGAAUCGGUGAGAGAUAAAUUUAAACUUUUAAAAAAAAAAAUAAUUAAUUUAGAAGGAGAAAGCGCUGAAGCAUUUAAAAAAAAAACAUAUGUAUUACAGAAUAAUAAACAUUUUCAUGAAGAUAAGAAAUCACCAUAUAUUGAUGCUUCUUCUUACGAUGAAUUUAAUUAUUUAAUGAAAAACUCAGAUUUUGAUGAACUUGGAGAAUUCGACUUUGAACCUAAUUUAAAACAAAAAUCACCCACAUUAGAACAUUAUGAUAAUAUUCAGUACAAUUGCCAACCCAAAUCUUUAAAAAAAUUGCACUCAAAAUAUGACUCAAAUUUACACCAUUUUAGGUCAAAUAAUAAAUAUAAUUCUAUGAAUUCAGAAGGUGUACGUGCAGCUAAUGUAAAUUAUAAUAUAAAACAAUCAAUAAAAUCUAUAAUUUUGCUCUUCCUGAUGUAUUUUUCAUUUCCGUUAUUCAUUGCAUUAAUUGGAUUAAUUUUAUUCGCAGCUCAAACAUUUGGUGGUACAUAA